AGAAGAGUUACGUUACAACUAACGUCAAAAUAUCAACAUAAACAUCCUUAUUUAUUUCGCCCCAUUUUAAUAAUUUAAGAGUUAAAACCUAGUAAUAAGAUAAAAUGGCAUCCUCAGACGUCAUACAAGUGAGUUCUUUGCCUCAACCGCCUAUGCAGUAUAUCAAUUUGUACACCGAUGAACAAAUUAGGAGAGGUAGAGCCCCAAAACCUCCCCCCCCUAUACAGGACUCGUAUCACAUGUUUGGGAAUGCUUUUAAUACCGAGGAGAGUAUUAUAAGACCUUUGGAGAGUCAGGGCAUUAAAAGAUUGUAUCCACUUCAUUUUGACCGCAGACGCGAAUUAAAGAAGUUAAAUCAAAGUUUACUAGCAAAUUUUCUUGAUUUACUUGACCUAUUAGUGAACUGCCCUGACUCACCUCGCAGAGCAGAAAAGGUGGAAGAUUUGGGGUUAUUAUUUAUCCACAUACACCACUUAUUAAAUGAAUUUCGUCCGCAUCAAGCCAGGGAAACCCUUCGAGUUAUGAUGGAGUUGCAGAAGCGGCAGAGAAUAGAAACUGCAAACAGAUUUCAAAAACACUUUGAUCGUGUUUCGGAUAUUCUGCAACAAGCAAUACAGAAUUUACCUGAGCCCAUGGAGUUAGAUUCCAAAAUAAUGGUGGAUGAUUUUAUAAUAAAACAGGAAAAUAAGGGUAACGCCAGAGGUGACAGUGAUCCUUGCUACAUUUUGGACAGAAUUAUGUGUAAUGUUGUGGAUAACAUGAGUUGAUUAGAUGAUUAAAUAUAUUUUUUAUUAAUA